AUGCAUUGGAAACGAACAAGCUAUGUGCUUGCUCACCUCGCAUCUGUGGUAUAUUGUUGGCCAUAUGAUGAGGCACUCACUGAAUAUAACAUCAAUGAGAAUCAGACAGCUACCAACCCAGCCGAGUACUGGGGAGAGUGGCCCAAUCAUACCUACCAUCCAUCACCAGAUAACUGGCGCUUUCCAAUAUAUUCACUUUUCCUUGAUCGAUUCGUGAAUGGCGAUCCAACCAAUGACAACAUCAAUGGAACACUGUUUGAACAUGACCUGGACUCGAAUCAAAUGCGCCAUGGUGGUGAUGUUGCUGGACUGGUUGAUACACUGGACUAUUUGCAAGGAAUGGGCAUCAAGGGAAUCUAUCUUGCAGGCCUUGUAUUAAUGAAUCAGCCAUGGGGAUCGGAUGGUUACUCUGCAUUGGACACUACCUUGCUAGAUCAGCAUUUCGGUACUAUUGAAUCUUGGAGGUCCGCAAUCACCGAAAUCCACAUUCGUGGCAUGUAUGUGAUCUUCGAUAAUACAGUGGCAACAAUGGGCGAUCUGAUUGGUUUUGAUGGAUACCUAAACACGACAACACCAUUCUCCACCAAAGAACACAAGGCGCAAUGGAAGUCAGAUCGUCACUAUGUUGACUAUAGCUUUGGUAAUUCCUACAACAAGACCUGUGAAUACCCUCGCUUUUGGGACGAGACCGGUUACUUAGUCGACCAAUAUGUUCGCGAUGAAUUGAAGGGCUGCUACAAUAGUGACUUUGAUCAAUACGGAGACAUCGAGGCUUUUGGUGUUUAUCCCGACUGGCAGCGUGAAUUAGCCAAAUUCGCAUCAGUUCAGGACCGUCUACGUGAGUGGGUACCUACUGUCAGAGAGCGUAUUGUGAGGCACUCGUGUAUGAUCAUAUCCUCCCUCGAUAUUGACGGCUUUCGAUAUGACAAAGCCACGCAGGCCACAGUCGAUGCCUUGGGGGACAUCUCAGGUGCUUAUCGUGACUGUGCUCGGCGCGUUGGUAAAACGAACUUUUUCCUUCCAGGAGAAAUUACCAGUGGCAACACAUUAGGCUCUGUCUUUCUUGGUCGGGGUCGGCAGCCAGACAUGGUCCCAAAGACGCUUGACCAGGCAUUCCACCUUACGAACUCUUCCGAUACGAUAUAUUUCCUGCGAAAUGAAAACCAACAGGCUAUUGAUGGAGCUGCGUUUCAUUACUCUGUCUACCGCUCUCUCACUCGCUUUCUCGGUAUGGAUGGUAAUCUGGCUGCUGGCUAUGAUGUCCCAGUCAAUUGGACAGAAGCUUGGUACGACAUGGUGCUCACCAAUGACCUUAUCAACGCGAAUACUGGCAAGUUCGACCCUCGCCACAUGUAUGGGGCUACAAACCAAGACGUUUUCCGAUGGCCAGCUGUGGAGUAUGGACUGGAGAGACAGUUACUAGCUCUCUUCAUUACGACACUGCACAUGCCCGGCAUUCCAUUGCUGCUCUGGGGUGAAGAACAAGCGUUUCACACCUUGGAUGCGUUGGCUUCCAACUACAUCUAUGGCCGUCAAGCUAUGUCUCCCGCAACCGCCUGGAAGACUCAUGGUUGUUUCCAUCUAAACUCAACACAAUACUUUGACUGGCCGAUAAAAUCGGGUCGAGAAGGCUGUCACGACGAAACAAUCACAUACGAUCAUCGAGAUCCCUCGCAUCCCAUCAGAAAUACAAUCAAACACAUGUACCAGAUGCGACAAGACUAUCCCGCUCUGAAUGACGGUUGGUGGAUUCAGUUGCUAUCUAAUCAAACUCAUAAUGUCUACUACCCUGGUUCGAAUGGGAUUGCCACUGAAACAGGAAUGUGGUCUGUUCUUCGCAGCCCUUACUUCCAGAAGCAAAAUCUUGGAAAAGCCGGGAACCAGACCGUCUGGUUUGUCUACCAGAAUGACAACCAAACGGUCACAUACUACUUUGAUUGUUCAGAUCCCAACCGGGCGCUUGUUGCGCCAUUCUCCACGAACACCACUGUCAAGAAUCUGUUCUAUCCGCAUGACGAAUUGACCUUGAAGAACAGUCCAACAAAGCUGCAUCUCAAUGGCUCCUUAAAGUGGAAUGGCUGUCUGGAUAGUCUAACCCUUCGUCCUUACGAGUUCAGGGCCUAUGUCCCCAAGACUAAAUUCCAUCCCCCACGGCCCAUGAUCACUAAAUUUAUUCCUGGACAUGAUGUCCCAGUGCUCUCGAAAGCCAAACCUGGAGAAAGUGAAGAUCUUCAGGUCGGGCUAUACUUCUCUACCGAAAUGAAUUGCAGCAUGGUUACUCAAUCCAUCUCUCUUGAAUCAACAACGGAGAAUGGAAAGAUACCUUCAAUUGAUCAGAACACCAUCAGCUGCGACUCUGCGGAUCCGGAGGACUCGCCUCUCACCGGUCAUAUACCAAGCACCUGGGCCUGGACAGCAACUCUGACCGGGGUGUAUAAUGGAGUGCACCGACUGACCGUCAGCAACGUGACCAGCAGCGAUGGGCAAAAAACCAAUGCCAUCGAUCACUUCUUGUUUCGUAUCGGACAGCACGACAACCCGAUGAUUUUCACCUCGGCCAACUACUCCAGCAGCUUGCUCCACAGGCACGAGAAUGGCUCAUUGUUUAUUCGACAACAUGCAGCCGGAGCCGACAUGUACCGGUAUUCGACCAAUUGGGGUAGCACAUUUUCGAAGUGGCUUCCCUACCAAGGCGGUAGCCACACAAUCCAAAAGCAGCAUUGGUCGGGCACAAAGGCCCAAGAGUGGAAAGGGGAGCAUGUCCGUGUCGAAUACUGGAAUCGUUUCACGGGCAGCAGCGAUUAUAUCCAGCAGGGUGAUACCCCCGACUGGGAUGCCCCAAUGCCACGACGCUUCCCGCAUCUUUUCUUCAAUGGACCUUUCAAUGAAUAUGGGUACGACGCCGGGCUGCCAAACGCUGUAAAACAGGCCGAUGAUCGUCUAUGGAAGUUCCGCUUCAUGGCCGAGUGGCCUGCGCAAGGUCAACUGAAUGUUUGGGGCAUCAAUCCAGAUGGACAGCCCGAUCAGAGCUAUAUAUUUGGGGACUCGGAUGGAGAUUCUGUUUUAGAUCGACUUCCUCCUUCAUCACUCAAAACGACCGCGAUUAAUAUCACACGACCUCCACCUAGUCCCCACUUGGCUUGGAGGAUCGAACUCGAUGACGCCACAUUGAAGUUCAAGCUUGUGCCAGCGGGAUCGAAAUAUGUUCAAAUGGCGCUAUUCUUCAUGCUUUGGAUCAUUCCUGUUCUGAGUGCAGUGGCCUGUGCGACCGUUUUCAUGAAGACAUUCUACCGUAUCAAAUUCAAUCAAGUUGGUGUGAGUGAGAAGAAGACCUUGAUCUCAUUGGAUAUUUUCAACAGAUUCAAACCGGACAUGGAUGCUGGAGGGUCUAGAAAAUUCCUCAUGCGCCUAGCAAACAAGUCCAAAUUCCUGCAGAGCAACUCGGCCUUCGGUAAUCGAACAUCUCAGCUACGCAAAGUCUUAGUCGCGACGAUGGAAUACGAUAUCGAUGAUUGGGGCAUCAAAAUCAAGAUUGGAGGUCUGGGCGUGAUGGCACAAUUAAUGGGGAAGCAACUCGGGCACGAAGAUCUCAUUUGGGUCAUUCCAUGUGUUGGAGGUGUUGAUUAUCCUAUUGAUAAGCCGGCCGAAUCCAUGUUCGUUAUGAUUCUUGGAAACUCCUAUGAAGUGAAAAUCCAAUAUCACUACCUGAGGAACAUCACCUAUGUCCUCCUGGAUGCUCCUGUCUUCCGUCAACAAACCGUUGGAGAACCCUACCCAGCCCGUAUGGACGAUAUGGACAGCGCCAUCUACUACUCUGCGUGGAACCAGUGCAUCGCUCAGGCUAUCAAGCGCUUUCCAAUCGACUUGUACCAUAUCAAUGACUACCAUGGUGCAAUAGCUCCGCUUUAUCAGCUUCCAGACACAAUACCGAUCUGCCUUUCACUCCAUAAUGCUGAAUUUCAGGGAUUGUGGCCAAUGCGAACACAGAAAGAGAAGGCUGAGGUGUGUUCCGUGUUCAAUCUCGAUAUCGACGUCGUCACUCGCUAUGUUCAAUUUGGUGAAAUAUUCAAUCUUUUACAUGCCGGUGCGAGUUAUCUACGUCUCCACCAGCAAGGAUUUGGAGCAGUCGGAGUCUCAAAGAAGUACGGAAAGCGCUCCUAUGCGAGAUAUCCAAUCUUCUGGGGUCUACGCAAAGUAGGGAACCUGCCUAAUCCUGAUCCUUCUGAUACUGGCGAAUGGAAGAAGGAAUUACCCAAGGAAAGCGAGAUCAGUGUGGAUAGCGAAUUCGAGUUCGGAAGAGCAGAGACCAAGCGCCAGGCACAAGAAUGGGCGGGUCUUCAUCAGUCUCCUAAUGCCGACCUUCUUGUCUUCGUGGGGAGAUGGUCAAUGCAAAAAGGAAUCGAUCUCAUUGCAGACGUCAUGCCAGGUGUUCUCGACACGCGACCAAAUGUCCAACUAAUAUGCGUAGGCCCAGUGAUUGAUCUGUACGGCAAGUUUGCAGCCCUCAAACUGGACAGAAUGAUGAAGCUAUACCCGGGCCGUGUGUUCUCGAAACCACAAUUCACGGUUCUACCUCCAUUUGUGUUCUCGGGGGCAGAGUUUGCUUUGAUUCCCUCAAGAGAUGAACCGUUUGGUCUGGUCGCCGUCGAGUUCGGCCGCAAAGGUGCUCUUGGUAUUGGUGCUCGAGUUGGAGGACUUGGGCAGAUGCCCGGUUGGUGGUACACUGUCGAGUCCACAACAACAAGCCACCUGAUCAAGCAAUUCAAGCUUGCAAUUAAUGGCGCUUUGAACUCCAAACUCGAGACCAGAGCCAUGAUGCGCGCGAGGUCCGCUAAGCAGCGCUUCCCAGUCGCUCAGUGGGUUGAAGAUCUUGAGAUUCUUCAGUCGACAGCCAUGCUCGUCCAUAACAAGGAACGCGCAAAGUCACAAUCAACCACGGCAGCAUCGGCAUAUAAUGCUUUCUACGGAAUGAUGACCCCACAGGCUGCGGCUUCAAUGCGAUCUAAUGCGUCCAGCGGUACCCUCACGCCGCCUUUGCAGUCUCGCCCUGGAACCAUGGGUUCAAUGCAGAGGAAUUCCGUGGUCUAUAGUCGUGAUCCCAGCCCUGGCAGUGAAAGUAGACCGAGGUCAGGACUUAGUCGCCAAAUGUCAUUUGGCAUUCGGCCCGUAUCUGCCCCUUUGGAAGCUCGCGGACGACGAGAACAUGGCAAGAGCGGAAUUGAAGACGUGGAUGAAAACGCUGAAAGCUCAAGCACUCCAUCACCAGGUACCAACGAUGAUAGUGAUGACGAGAUCAUGUCCACUUGCUACGGCGAGGACGACUACACCAUCGGACCCGAAGCAGCCGAUACUGGACGCCGACUAGAUACACCUCCACCAGGCCCCCAACCUGUCGGAAUUCCUCUAACUCGUGAAAUUCUUUCAGCUCGACAUGCAAGCCAAUCCUCGCUUCCUGGUCGUUUAACUGGCACGCCUUCCAGCUCUGCUGCGCCGAGCACGACAGGAACAGAGGAUACUCUUCUCCCACCAGCAAGACCUUGGGCGGAUGCAGGGAACCGCCUAGCUAAUGCGUCGCAGUUAUCAUUUGACUCGGUUGUCGGUGAUAAUAAGGACUAUAAGCUCCAAAAAGUGGACCCGACCUUCACAGACAGCAGUGGCGAGUUCUACCGUGCAUUUGAGAAGAAACUCGAGGGUCUUAACGGUUCCAAUUCCGAUUCUCAGCUUUGUAUUGAGCAAUAUCUCGAAAAGAGUGAAAAGAAAUGGUUCGAUCGAUUCAGAGAUGCUCGUCUAGGAAAAAACCAAUUCCCAGCUGCAUCAGUGCAACUUGGCAAAACCGGCAGUGGCUCUGCUUCUGGAUCCAUCAACAACGAUGACACUUCAUCUCAUGAAAGUGGAGUUCCAGAAAGGAAAGAGGCCACAGGUGAUGAGUUCUUCCUGGGCGAAGACUACAUCCCCCCAACGGGUCUCAAGAAAUGGAUGCAAAUGCGUAUUGGAGAUUGGCCUGUUUAUUCACUCUUCCUGGGUCUCGGACAGAUCAUCGCAGCAAAUUCCUACCAAGUAACCCUACUGACAGGCGAAAUUGGCCAGACAGCAGAGAAAUUGUACGGGAUUGCAACAGUAUAUCUUGUCACAUCUAUUCUGUGGUGGCUUUUUUUCCGAUUCCAGAAAUCCGUGCUCGUGUUGACUGUGCCAUGGUUCCUCUACGGCCUUGCAUUCCUCAUCAUCGGUCUUGCUCAUUUUGAGCCAAAUUCUUAUGCUCGUGGUUGGAUCCAGAACGUAGGGAGUGGAGUAUAUGCUGCUGCAUCGUCUAGUGGCUCUAUCUUCUUUGCGCUGAACUUCGGUGAUGAGAGUGGUGCUCCAGUCAAGAAAUGGGUUUUCCGUGCUUGUCUCAUCCAAGGCACACAACAGGUCUAUGUCAUUGCUCUCUGGUACUGGGGCUCAACACUGACCAAAGCAUCCAAUGCCGGUGUUAACAUCCAAGGCAAUAUCACUAAUACCUGGAGAAUGACAGCUGUCUGUACCCCGAUCACAGUCUUCUUGUGGGGCGUGGGACUCAUCGUUUACUUCGGCUUGCCAAACUACUACCGCCAGACACCGGGCAAAGUCCCAUCCUUCUACAAAUCCGUAUUUCGACGCAAGAUCGUGCUCUGGAACUGGGUUGUGGUCAUCCUCCAAAACUUCUUCUUGAGUGCCCCCUACGGUCGAAACUGGAACUUCCUCUGGAUAUCAAACCACGCAAAACCAUGGCAAAUACUUCUGCUCUGCGUAGCAUUCUACGGAUUCGCCUGGAUAUCAAUCCUCUUCGGCCUAGCGUGGAUAUCUCGGUCCCAUUCCUGGAUCCUACCCAUAGUAGCAUGCGGUCUCGGCGCCCCACGCUGGGCGCAGAUCUGGUGGGGAACUUCGGGUGUUGGUCUCUAUCUUCCAUGGGCAGGUAGCUAUACAUCCGGUGCACUGGUAUCGAGGAGUCUAUGGCUGUGGCUCGGUGUCCUCGACGCACUGCAGGGCCUUGGCUUUGGCAUGAUUCUACUGCAAACUCUGACGCGGAUGCAUAUUUGUUUCACGUUGCUUGUUUCACAGGUCCUUGGUUCUAUUGCGACUAUUUGUGCGAGAUCGUUUGCGCCGAAUAGGAUUGGUCCGGGGCCUAUUUCGCCGGAUAUUACGGCUGGUGCGAGUGCACUGGCGAAUGCUUGGUUUUGGAUUGCGCUUGCAUUCCAAUUAUUGAUCUGUGCCGGCUUUCUUAUGUUCUUCCGUCGUGAACAACUCUCAAAGCCUUGA